AUGGCGACCAACGAGGACACUCGGUUGGUUGACGCUAGCGUUCAAACACCGUUGGUUGACCAAAACUCGAGGUUAGCCGAAGAAGUGAGAAUGUUAAAACAACACAUGGCAAGCAUGUAUCGGGCUUGGACGACUGGUCAGGCACCACCUCCACCGCCACCUGGCUUCCUCGACAUUUCCCCUAAUAUGUCGACCUCAACCCGAGCUCCACUUACUGUGCCUGGUGAUCCAUCUAACAGUGGGCCCUUGUUCAAAACCCCUGAUGCUCAACCCUAUACUCCAGAACCGACUUUAAAUGUCUCUAACCCAUAUGGUUAUAACCCUCACCUUGAGCCUCCCGUUAACAGUGAAAAACUUGAUAAGACCGUGGAUGAUGAGGAAAUGACUAGAAAGAUGAAAAACUUGGAGCAAUCCAUAAGAUACUUGCAAGGUCAGGAAAGUCAUAAGAGUGUUUCAUACAAAGACUUGUGUAUGUUUCCUAAUGUUCACUUGCCCUCUGGUUUUAAGACUCCAAAGUUUGACAAGUAUGAUGGGCAUGGUGAUCCUGUGGCCCAUUUGAAGAGGUAUUGCAAUCAAUUGAGAGGAGCUGGAGGUAAGGACGAAAUGCUUAUGGCCUACUUUAGUGACAGCUUAACAGGAAUAGCCUCGGAUUGGUUUGCUGAUCAGGACGUCAUUAAGUGGCAUAUUUGGGAUGACAUGGCUCAAGAGUUUGUGCGACAAUUUCAGUAUAAUAUAGACAUUGCUCCAGAUAAAAUGUCCAUGACCAAGGUGCAGAAGAAAUCUACAGAAAGUUUCAGGGAAUUCGCCAUUAGGUGGAGAGAGCAGGCUGCUAGAGUAAAGCCUCCAAUGGCAGAAGGUGAGGUGGUGGAUACUUUUCUCCAAGCCCAAACUGAAGAAUACUAUCAACACAUGCUCCCGGCACUGGGCAAACCGUUUAUCGAGGUCAUUAAGAUGGGGGAAAUAAUAGAAGAAGGAAUCAAAACAGGACGUAUCAUGAGUUUUGCUGACAUGAAAGUAAAUGCUGAAGUAACUCAAAAUGGUUCCGGAAGCCUGAGCGACAUGAGGGAAAAUGAUGAUGUAGUCAUGAUUAUACCAGAAUCGCGACGAGGUGUGAGGGGUCGAUCUCGCUCAUAUACCCAGCCACAACCUCAAGUCUAUUCCCAAACUCCAUACACUCAACCUCAACAUUACUUCCCUCCACAAGACCCUCAAUAUUCUAUGCCACCUCUUCAAUACUUUUCCUGUGGUGCACAGCCAUAUGCUCAACCACAUCCUUACCAACAAUGGUGCGAACCAGCUCCACGAGGUUCUUACCCCCCACAAGCAUAUCGACCUCGUACCAGCUCCAACUUUCGACCUAGGCCAGAAUACAAGAAAGAGAGGCAACAGAGAAGGGAGGCCUCUGGAAAACUUUCCGGGCUAUCAGUCUCAGUUCCAGAAGUUGAUAAGGAUGAAUUGGUUAAAGGGACCCAGAACUUGUUUGCUGAAAAUAAUUUGAUUGAAAAUGAUAAUGGUUCAAGUAAUUCUUAUGUGCAAUUUAGUGGCUAA